AUGACAUCAAAUCAGCUCCAACACCACCAACCUCCCCCAACACCCACAUAUAUCCUCCGCGGCCACGCAUCUCCAAUCCACGCCCUGCACCUCUUCAGCCAAAAUCUGCGCCUCAUUUCAGCAGACGCGAAUGGCUGGAUCGUCGUGUGGGAUUUGGUGACGAAACGGCCGGUGACGGUGUGGAAAGCGCACGAGGGUGCUGUUUUGGAAGUUAAGGGCUUUGUCGGCUCGGGGACGGGGACGGUUGUUUAUACACAUGGUAGAGAUCAUAAGCUGCGUGUGUGGAGAUUUCGUGUCCAGGAUGAAGAGAUCCUCGAUAAGAUUCUCCCCGUGGAUAUGGAUGAGGCUUCACAAGUAAAGGGCCAGAGUCAAAGUCAGCCUUGGCUUCUUCAUUCGCUCCCGGUGAACGCAUUGAACUUUUGUGCGUUUUCGAUGCUGUUCAUUCGGAAAAGUGCCAAUAUCGAGGAUGGUCAGGAAUCACAACAGCAACAACCUGAACCUGAUGCUGCAGCAGAAAAUAAACCAGAAUCACCAGUCCUAAUAGCAGUCCCUAAUGCCCUUGAUUCCGGCGCAAUUGACAUCUUCCAUCUACCCCUGGAACGACGGAUCUGCACGAUCCCCGCAGAUACAACGACAAAGACAGGCAUGGUGAUGGCUGUUAAAUUAUUUAUUUCAGCGACUGGCGAAUUAUACGCUGCGUCCGCGUACGAGGACGGGCAUGUUAUCGUUUUCGUUCGCCGUGGCGCAUUCAAGGAAGCGGACUUAUCCAGCGGUGCAUCCUGGAAAUGGGAAAAGGUGUAUGCGAGUCGUCUGCACUCGCAACCUGUGCUGUCGAUUGAUGUGUCGCCGUCUAUGGAUUAUGUUUUGUCUUCGUCUGCCGAUGCGCUGCUCAUAAAGCAUCCUAUUUCUCGGCCUGGGCCGCUGGGGACGGGGUAUGUGGAAGAGAAGCCUUUGAAGACGGUUAAUACGAAACAUGCUGGUCAGCAGGGUUUGCGGAUACGAUCUGAUGGGAAGGUGUUUGCGACUGCUGGGUGGGAUUGUAGGGUUAGGGUUUAUUCGUGCAAGACGAUGAAGGAGUUGGCGGUGCUUAAGUGGCAUAAGGAGGGGUGUUAUGCUGUUGGGUUUGCGGAGAUAUCUACGGAUUCGAGUUCUAGUGUCUCUACAGAUACUAAUGCUGGAUCGUCAGAAAAAGAAGACGACAGUAAUCAGCAACAGCAGCAGCAGCAGCUUACUCGACGUGAAGGGGACUAUUCGCUUGCAACAGUGCAGCAUCAAAGAAACCAAAAAGCACAAAAAACACACUGGCUAGCCGCUGGCUCAAAAGAUGGAAAAAUUUCAUUAUGGGAUAUCUAUUGA